UGGUUCGGUUCUCUUGUCUGUUGGGCACACAUUCCAGCCCUCUGUGAAUACAAUUCAAACCCGACUCUAGAAGCUUUAUGAAUCUUCUACCAGCGCAUCACUACCUCCAAGGACUCCCCCUCUUCAUGGACCUUCGUCCCCACGAUGCCUGAUCUGCGUAGCCGAUCACGCAGGAACCGGGCAUUCAACAACCCUGUCCCGAAUCCGAUUACCCCGCAACCAGUAGUCCACAACAGUGAGGAUCUUCUUUUAACUGUACGAGGUCGCCAGAGAAGGGCAGCUGGGCAGAACCGGACGAGUAAUAAGAACUCGAUCGGCGUUGCUGAGAGGAAUAUUGUGACGAAGAGAGGCCGCAAGGUCAUCAAAACGAGGUCGUCGAAGGGCAAGAAAGUAGAGAGAGGAGGAGAGGAAGGGAUUAAGGUUUUUAGAGGGGGCGUCGAGGAAAGAGCCAUGGAUGAGUACGGUAGCGGCGGCGGACGGAGCGGCGAUAAGGAGCCCGCAGCCGAGGACGAGGGCAGCACUGCGCCUCUUCCCGAGAAGGUCCAAGUUGGUGGUUCCCCAAUGUACAAAAUAGGCAGAAAGCUGGGUAAAGGAGGAUUUGGACAAGUGUAUGUUGGUCGACGUGUUGGUGCUACCAGUGUAAACGAAAGAACUGGGCCUGGAGCUGUUGAGGUAGCUUUAAAAUUUGAGCAUAGGAGUAGUAAAGGAUGUAAUUAUGGACCGCCGUAUGAGUGGCAAGUUUACAAUGCACUUGGUGGCAGUCAUGGUGUUCCACGAGUUCAUUAUAAGGGCCGGCAAGGUGACUACUAUGUCAUGGUCAUGGAUAUGCUUGGGCCAAGUUUGUGGGAUGUUUGGAAUAAUAACUCACACACGAUGUCUAUUGACAUGGUUGCAUGUAUUGCCAUUGAGGCCAUCUCCAUAUUAGAGAAGAUGCACUCUAGGGGAUAUGUGCAUGGGGAUGUGAAACCUGAGAAUUUUUUGCUUGGUCCUCCUGUGACUCCUGAAGAAAAAAAGCUAUUUCUUGUCGACCUUGGAUUAGCCACCAAGUGGCGAGACAGUGCAACUGGCUUGCAUGUUGAGUAUGAUCAACGUCCAGAUGUUUUCAGGGGAACUGUCCGGUAUGCUAGUGUGCAUGCUCAUCUUGGUAGAACUGGUAGCAGGAGAGAUGACUUAGAAUCUCUUGCUUACACUCUUGUUUUUCUUCUCCGUGGCCGAUUGCCAUGGCAAGGAUAUCAGGGGGACAAUAAAGGAUUCCUUGUAAGCAAGAAGAAAAUGGCCACUUCCCCAGAAUCUCUGUGUUGCUUUUGUCCUCAGCCUUUUCGAGAGUUUGUUGAGUUUGUGGUAAAUUUGAAGUUUGAUGAAGAACCUAACUAUGCAAAGUAUAUCUCCCUCUUUGAUGGGAUUGUUGGUCCAAAUCCGGAUAUCAGGCCAAUAAACACUGAUGGCGCUCAAAAGCUUAUAUGUCAGGUUGGACAUAAGAGAGGACGAUUGACCAUGGAGGAGGAAGAUGAUGAACAACCAAAGAAGAAGAUUCGAAUGGGGAUGCCUGCAACUCAAUGGGUUAGUGUUUACAAUGCUUGCCGGCCUAUGAAGCAAAGAUUUCACUAUAACGUAGCAGAUGUAAGGCUCUCCCAACACAUUGAGAAAGGAAAUGAGGAUGGAUUAUAUAUCAGUAGUGUGGCUUCAUGUUCAAACCUUUGGGCCCUUAUCAUGGAUGCUGGCACUGGAUUUACUGCUCAAGUUCACGAACUCUCACCCUAUUUUCUUCACAAGGAAUGGAUCAUGGAACAAUGGGAGAGGAAUUACUACAUCAGUGCAAUGGCAGGGGCUAAUAAUGGGAGUUCAUUAGUUGUGAUGUCAAAGGGGACACAGUACUUACAGCAGUCUUAUAAAGUCAGCGAUUCAUUUCCAUUCAAGUGGAUCAACAAAAAAUGGAGGGAGGGGUUUUAUGUUACUGCCAUGGCUACUGCUGGGACUAGAUGGGCAAUUAUUAUGUCUCGUGGUGCUGGAUUUUCUGACCAGGUUGUGGAACUAGAUUUUCUCUAUCCUAGUGAAGGUAUUCAUCGAAGGUGGGACAGUUGUUACCGAAUCACAUCAACUGCAGCAACUUGGGACCAGACUGCUUUGGUUCUUAGCGUUCCUAGAAGAAAACCUGCAGAUGAAACUCAAGAGACUCUCCGAACUUCUGCUUUUCCCAGUACACACGUCAAGGAGAAAUGGGCAAAGAAUCUUUAUAUUGCAUCUAUUUGCUAUGGUCGAACUGUUUCAUGAACUACCAAAGUUCUGUUAGGAUGCCACUUAACGUUAUUUUGACCUCACUUUUAUGAUCCAUGAAUGGGUGGGCUCUUAGCAUCUAGUUCUUCUCGAGAAGCAAAGAUCACGUCAGGCAAAUUUACUGAUCAUAGCAUUUUGGAGAUGAUGUAUGCUAAACUCUUCUUUAUUGCCGCCAUCACAUAGCAUCUGUUACAAACACCUGUGCACUGUCUUUAAAUUGCGUCAAAAUGCUUAUGAGGCUAAUUUUAAAUCAUAUAUCCACCUGCAAGGGUGCUUAAUAUUUCAUUACAAAGUUUGUAUAGGUUUGAACAAUAAUCACAUGGCUGAAGGCAUGUGCACGGGAGGGCAUUUUGAUUGUUGAUGGUAUUUUCGGACAUACAAUUAUUAUUUUGCUGUGGGCUCUGGACAUUCUCAGCUGUUCACCCUGUAUUUAGUACUUUUUUUAUUCUCCUUUCCGGACUUGAAUGAUAGUUUCUGGGUUGUCAGAAUUUGACUUGAAAGGAAGUGGUUGUACACUUUGAGCAAGAGUUUGUAAUGAUCUCUUUAUUAUUGUUUUUCUUCAUGUUAUGUUUUAAUUGCAAUCUUCUGCACCUUCCUUUGACCAGCAUGGUGCAUAAGGUGCAUGGCUUGCCUAAGUAUAUCAUGGUGCAUGGCUUGUCUAAGUAUACCAAGGUGCUAUGUGUUUAUCUCAUUUUUUUACUUAUAAGAAAGUGCAUCAAAGUGCUAAUU